CAGGCGCAAGCAGCGGAAAGCUUAAAGCUUCCAUGAGCAAGAUGCAGCUCUUUCUUUUUCGCUUCCCGGAAAUAGUAGCACUAAUAACGCUCUUCUUUCUUGCCCAGCCCUCAUCUUCUGUUGACUGAGGCAUGUUGAGCGAUAAUAUCUCGGGCAAAGCUGAUGUGGCAGAUAAGCAUUUUGAGAAAUCAAAUUGUUUAGUAAAGUUUAAAAUAUAAAUGAGAUACAAUGAUCCAGAACACCUCACUUGUAAAUGGCCAGACCUUGACAUCGACAGGAGACUUGUUCCAACUGGGCUUCUUCAGUCUGGAUAAUAGUAGUUCAGCGAAGGGAUACUUAGGAAUCUGGUACUGCAAUUUCACACUACAAGAAGGCAUUGUAGUAUGGAUUGCCAAUAGAAACAAGUCUGUCAACACAUCCAUGGCAUCCUUCAACCUCACUUCCGAUGGAAAUCUAAUCUUAUUUGAGGAAGACAGAAUAGUUUGGUCGACGGGAACGAGAUCCACAGGACUCAAUUCUGCACACUUGCAGCUUUUAGAAUCUGGAAACCUCGUGCUGAAGGACAGCAACUCGAUUCUAUGGGAGACCUUCGACCACCCAAGCGACAGCGACACGUAUCUCCCUGGCAUGAAGCUCGGAUUUGACUUCCAGACCAACACUUCAUGGCGGCGAGUUUCAUGGAAAAACUCCACGGAUCCUUCUCCGGGAGACUACAUCCAGAUGAUUCGUGCUCUACCUAUACCGGAUUUGGUCACGUUGAAGGGAUCCGCCAAAUACUAUCGCAGCGGCCCAAGGAACGGAUAUGAUGGGUUCGUCGGCCAUCCAUUUAUCACGAGCAGCCAGGAGGCCAACUAUUUUGUCGUCACGUUUGUUUCCAAUGAGAAUGAGACCUAUUUUAUGGCUAAUUACACAGCAUCGCCGACGCCGGUGCUGAUACGGACAAUGUUGAGGGCCAAUGGAACCUUGCAGCGUUGGUUUCUUGACAGGAGUGGCAAGAGAGAGUGGCAACUUCUGUUGUCGACUCCGGCAGACGAGUGCGAUGAGUACAAUCGCUGCGGCCGCAACAGUGUGCACCAAGAAAUACGUUGCUGUCGAGUGCCAGUGCUUGGACGGGUUCAUAAAUAUUACGGAGAACGGAAGCGAGGUUGGAUGCGAGAGGAAGAAGCCUUUGAAUUGCUCGUCGAACGAGUUUUCCAAGGUGCAGAACGUGAAGGUGCCAGACACUGAGAACGCUACACCACGAGGAAACAUGAGUCUCGAUGACUGCAAGAAUUUGUGCUUGAAUGAUUGCUCCUGCAUGGCGUAUUCGGUAAUCAGUGGAUCUUAUGGAUGCAUAACUUGGCCUGGUGAUCUGUUGGAUCUCAGAACUUUGGUCGAUGAAGGAGAUGAUUUAUACGUUCGGCUCGCAGGAGAAUUGGAUCACCCAAGAAAAAACAGCACUGGGAGAAGAAUUCUAUUUAUUGUCAUCUCUAUUGCUGCAGCACUAUUAUUUCUUUGUGCCAUUUUUAUUUACCGUCGAAGAACAAAAGCAACAAGACCAAGACGGAAACGACUUGCAAAAACAUUCGAUCACAAAGAUCAGCAUGAAAUAAGAGGUACAGAAUCUCUAUUAUUUGAUCUGGAGGCUAUUAGGAUAGCUACGGACAACUUCUCUGAUAGAAACAAGCUAGGAGAAGGAGGAUUUGGGCCUGUUUAUAAGGGAACACUGGAGAACGGAGAGCAUGUAGCAGUAAAAAGACUUUCAAGAAGCUCAGGACAAGGACUAGAUGAGUUGAAAAAUGAAGUGUUCCUGGUAGCCAAACUUCGGCACAGAAACCUAGUGAGGUUGUUGGGCUGUUGCUUGGAAUCAGAUGAGAAACUACUUGUUUACAAUUAUCUUGCUAAUACAAGCCUUGACAAGUUUUUGUUUGAUAAUUCAAAGAGAAAGCACUUGGAUUGGGCAAGAAGGUUUAAGAUCAUUGAGGGCAUAAGUCGAGGACUUCUUUAUCUUCAUGAAGAUUCACCGUUGAAGAUCAUUCAUCGGGACUUAAAAGCCAGUAACAUCUUAUUAGAUGCAAGCAUGGAUCCCAAGAUUUCAGAUUUUGGUCUUGCGAAACUUUUUGAUGCAGAUCAAACACAAGGAAACACUAAAAGAAUUGCCGGAACAUUUGGAUAUAUGGCACCAGAAUAUGGCAUUCAUGGGCUCUUCUCAGUUAAAUCAGAUGUGUAUAGCUAUGGUGUAUUAGUUUUGGAGAUCUUAAUUGGUCGGAAGAAUAGUGAUUACCAAGGAUCCGAAUAUCCAAUUGAACUUGUUACUCAUGUAGUCUGGCGCCAUUGGACUCAAGGAAGUGUCUUGCAAGUGAUUGAUCAAGAUCUAAUUGAACAAUGUCAAACUCAACAAAUAUUAAGGUGCAUACAUAUAGGGUUACUAUGUGUGCAAGAUGAUCCAAUUCAAAGACCCACCAUGGCCAAUGUUGUGCUUAUGCUCAACAAUCACUUUGUCGGCCUUCCCACACCUUUAGCACCAGCAUUUCUCAGUAAUUGUAAUACCACCAUUGAAUCAAAUGGCGUUCCAAGGAGAGAGAAUUCCAGUAGAAGAAAGGGAAUUCUAAUGAAAAUUUCUGAAAAUAAUGUCUCAAUCUCUACGUUGGAGCCUAGAUAGUAGGAAAGUUCACUUCAUGUUUAUAUAUAUAUAUAUAUAUAUAUAUAUAUAUAUAACUGAAUCUGGAUUGAAUUGCCAAUAUUAUGUUUCAAGUUUAUGCUUAUUUAUGUAAAGUUUAACUGAAUGUUCAGCUUCAGGUUUAUUCUAAAAUGUAUUCUAUCUAGUUUAUGUAGUGAUUCGCAGUUAAAAGGCCAAAAGAAACUAUUUUGCUUACUUAAACUUAUUGAGGAUCAAAUGUCUGCAUUGAAAUGCCUAGAUUGCAUAAGAAUCCAGCACAAGGAUACAUCAGGUAGCUAAGGAGUCGACCAAAAAUGAUACGGAUAUGCUUUGAUGGCUGAUGGCAAAGUAGUAAUUAGGAGAGGGAGGAGAGGUAAUAUUGUCAUUGCACUGUGUAAGGUUUUAAGGGGAAUGCAGAGAGCUUUUCUGGGAGGUGCGUUUCAGCCCGCCGCCACAGGAGCUUCUUCCUGCUCUUGCUCCUCGUCGGCGCCGACGCCGACGCCGGCCACCGCCUCCCCUCUUCCCUCUACUCUCUCUCUAUCCUUAAGCCUCUCCUCUACGUUUUUCAUGCCGCUGCCGCCAGGGGGAGGAUGCCGCCGCCAAGGACUUCUUCUUCUUGGGGACGCUCCUCGCCGAUGAGAGGCUGGGCUCCGGCUGCUCCCCUUUUCUUCUCCGGUCACUCGUCCUCCCUUCUCUCCACCUCUUGUGUCGCCGCCGUCGCACGGGAGCACGCCGCCGACUCGAGGGACCGACACCAGCAUACACAGCUGCGCUCCGACCACGCUCCUACUUGCCUCCUCGUCGCAGCGGCCAACCAUCACCGCCGAGGAGGCAUGCCCUGAUUCCCCUUCCCGCCGAGCUCGGGACGCUUCAUUUUCUUCGAGCCGCUGCACCUCUUCUUCUUCCUCCUCACGCGCCCUGCCGGUGACGACCGACGCCGGCCACAGCACCGCACUCUUCUCCCUCUCCUCCGCGCGACACCGCCACCGGGCAGAUUCGCCGUCGCUCCUCUCCUCCUAAUCGCAGCGCCGCAGCCGGCUCCUCCUCCUCUUCUCCAUGCUGCCGCAACCAAGGAGAUGGCCAGCGGCCAUCUCUCCUCUCCCUGGCCAACGCCCGGCCAGAUCCCCUAGCACCGAGCUGCCCACUAUUAUUGUUCACUGAUUUGAACGUCUUCCGGCCCCGUUGUGUGUCGGUCUUCGUACCGUUAUCUCGUUCCAGUUUCGUAUGUUGUGGUGAUGUGGCCUUCGUGCCUUGGUGAUUAUUCAGCAUCACUGAUUUAGUCGUAUUUCGCUCUUGUUGUUUUCUCGGUUUGCGUGUCGAUGUUUCAUCUCGGUCUGCGUGCCGAGCUCGUUUCUCGACCUGCGUGUCUGUCUCAUUUUCCGAUCUAUGUGUUGAUUUCAUGU